AUGUACUUCUUGCUUAGCCAGUUGUCCCUCAUGGAUCUGAUGCACGUCUCCAUUACCAUCCCCAAGAUGGCAACCAACUACCUAUCCGGGAAGAAGUCCAUCUCCUUUGUGAGCUGUGCGAUCCAGCACUUCCUCUAUUUGUCUGUAGGUGGGGCAGAAUGUCUUCUCCUGGCCCUCAUGUCCUAUGACCGUUAUGUUGCCAUCUGUCAUCCACUGCGUUAUACUGUCCUCAUGAACAGACAGUUGGCAGUGAGGAUGGCUGUCCUGUCAUGGUUGGGAGCCUCCAUGAACUCUCUAAUUCACACCAUGAUUCUGAUGCACCUGCCUUUUUGUGGAUCUCGGAAAAUCCACCACUUUUACUGUGAGUUUCCAGCUGUUGUCGAGUUGGUGUGUGGCGACAUCACUGUUUAUGAAACCACAGCAUAUAUCAGCACUGUUACAGUUCUCCUCUUUCCCAUCCUCCUGGUUUCUACAUCCUAUGCCUUCAUCCUCUGCAGUGUUAUUCAGAUGCGUUCAGCUGGCAGCAAGAGAAAUGCCUUUGCCACUUGUAGCUCUCACCUCACUGUGGUUUUCCUCUGGUAUGGGGCCUCUAUAUUCUCAUAUAUGAGGCCAAGGGCCCAGCGUACUCCAUUGCAAGACAAAGUUGGCUCUGUGUUCUACAGCAUCAUUACUCCCACACUGAAUCCUUUAAUUUAUACCCUCAGGAAUAAGGAUGUAGCUAAAGCACUGAGAAAAGUACUGAGGAAAGGUAUUAUCAUCCAAUGA